CAAACUUUGUAAAUUUCUUAUCGGCAAAGCAUGAUCAUUCAAGCUGGCACCAUGGAGUGAUUCUUGCAGUCAUCUUUUUCUUGGCCAAGACAGUGGAGUCACUGUGCCAGAGACAAUGGUAUUUUGGUGCUCAGCGUAUUGGUACUCGAAUCCGUGCAGCUCUCAUAGUAUUGAUAUACAAGAAGUCUUUGACAAUCAAAUAUGGUGGUAAUUUUGGCCUUGACCAUUUUGUACAGGAAUCUUGGCUUUGCUCCCUCUAUUGCUGCUCUUUCGGCCACUAUUUUCGUGAUGGUGAGCAACACCCCACUGGCCAAUAUGCAAGAAAGGCUUCACAGCAAGAUAAUGGAAGCUAAGGACAGCAGAAUCAAAGCCACCUCAGAGACCUUGAGGAGCAUGAGAGUUUUGAAACUGCAUUCAUGGGAAUCCACCUUUCUGAAGAAACUCCUCAAACUUAGAGAAACUGAAAGAAGUUGGCUAAAGAAAUACCUCUAUACAUGUUCAGCUGUGGCUUUUCUGUUUUGGGCAUCACCAACCUUAGUCUCAGUGGUCACCUUUGGUGUUUGCAUAGUUUUAGGCACACCAUUAACAUCAGCUACUGUUCUCUCAGCUAUAGCAACUUUUCGAAUUUUACAGGAGCCCAUCAAUAAUCUGCCGGAGCUUAUCUCCGUGAUUGCUCAAACAAAGGUUUCACUUGAUCGGAUCCAAGAAUUCAUCAAAGGGAAAGAUCAGAAAAAAUUAUUCACUGUCAGUCUGUAA